UCCGUUAUCCAACAGAAGGCAAGACUUGGAAACAGAAACCAGCUGAAGUCAAGGCUCGCGGAAUGCGCUCUCCACAACAGACCUGGCAGAAGAAAGAAUUUUGUUGUAUUUUAUUUCCGAUCUGGUCAAUGCUCCAUUUUCAGAGUAUGGUUUUAAAAGCCAACUGCUGAGUGAAUAUGCCCCAUCGCCAAUAAUGAAGGGUUUUACUGGUUGGUUCUCUAUAAAUGCGAGUGGAUUAUUCAAAAUAUCGCCUCUUUUUUUUAUAUUCUCAUAAAAUUUUACAAAACAGACAACUACAAGACGAUACCACAGGGAGCAUGAAAAUACAUAGCAACCCUGUGGCCAUUACAUUUAACAUAUUUGAUUCAAAUUAGAGUUACAUUAAAUGUUGCAAAUUACAUGUUACAGAUUACUAAUAAUUAAAAACAUUUACAAUUUGGAUGUUAAAACAAAAACAAGGAAAAACUACAUUGACAAAACAAAACAAGAACAAUGAAAGACAAAUUACAUAGGAGAGAAGAUUUAUAAAACUACUUAAUGAAACCCAAAACUCAAUACUGCACAUUUUCGAAAUCAAUACUGCACGUUUAUAAAUUAAUACUGCACAAAGUGUGCAAUACUGCACGCUAAAAUAGGCCCUGAUUUACUGGCCACAAAGGAUUCAAGGUAUCACUGAAGUUAUGUUUGAAUUUGUGAAAAUUCAGCUUACUAAGUCCAACACGAACUUGUGUCAAAAUGGAUAAACCUUUUGGGUCGUGGAUGUUGUAGACUAGUUUUUGAGGUGGACGGAUAAAUGCAAAUAGUUGUUUUUUGAAAGCACUUACUGAGUGGGAUUGUUUGAUCUCUGGGUCGAGUUUUUCCCAUUCAGAUAAACAAUUUGGAUAAAAACUAGCUUUAAAUUUCUCAGUUCUCGCGUGUAUUUGCCCUACUGAAGCCUGUCUGCGAAGAAUCUAGCCUGAUUUCUGAAGUUGGGGUAUAGGGCUUCUAGUGUAGUCUGGUGUCAAGUUAUUGAUUAUUUUAAAGAAAGAAACAAGGCGUCUACUCCAUCGUCGGUUUAUCAUAUCUUUCAGCUGUAUGAUAAAUUGAACUCGCACGUAAAACCCUUGCAUCGUGAAUACUGCCUGGAAAACCAGUUGAUACAUCUAUAAAUUUCAAUUUUCCAUCCACUACAGCUUGCGUAUUUAUUGUGAACUUUUGCUUUCUGCAGAAGUAGUCAAUAGGCGAAUUUUCAGGUGCAAUGAUUUCUACAUGUGUGGCGUCAAUGGCUCCUAUAACUUGGGGGGUUUUACAAAUCUCUGAAAAUUUUUCCAAAGCUAUAAAAGUUUUUUCUCUCAUUUCUUUGAAACUUUAUAAAAAUGCUUGAUCCUUUCGGAAUAAAUUUGCAAAAUUGUUUGGUUAUAUCGACUGCGCUAGAUUUCCCAACACCAAAAACAGCAGCAGUUGAUCUAAAACUGUUUCCUGUUGAAAGUCUCCAUAGCGUAAUGGCUACACGUUUUUGGAUCGGAAUCGCCUUUCUAAACUUAGUGUCGAUUUUUUCCAUAUCGCCAGCAACAAUAUUAAAAAUAUCAUUGAAUGAACGCUUAUAAGAUCUGGACUCUUGUUUUCAAUAGUCAUCGAGGGUAUCAAUUUCUACAUUAUCCCAUAGUCUAUCAAACCAUUGCUGAGGCCUUUCAAUAGACCAAACCUUCUUUGCUGUUCGAAGCAAAUUUGCUUCUUUUAAAACCCAAAAAGCAUGACAGCUGUUCGUUGAUAAAAGGAAACGGUUUUUCGUGCUCUGGCCAAAAGAAAAGCUCGCUUUGCCAAGAUCUGUUUCUUUCUAAUAGCUGGUGCUCUUGAAUAUGCAAUAAAUCGAUAAACCAUGGCGAAGAACAAGAUAGAAGAUUCGAACUCCAUGAUGAUAACAAAUAAAGAAACAUUUCAAAUUGGCGCGAACACAGAAGCAUUGCUAGAGGGGUAUUGGCGGGAAAAACACGCUCGCUCAACAUCAGAAGCAGCACAGUCAAGGCAAAAGAGACAGUGGCGCCGUCAACAUGUAAUCUUUUAAAUUUAUAAUCAGUUCGCUUGUUUGUUGCUGAAUAUAGCGUAAAAAGUGAAACUACAACUACUGUAUGCUUUAUUUCUCGGCAUGCUCAACCCUACUUCACAACAUAUGGUGCCCAACGUGGGGCGAGCUAUUUAUCAAUAAAGUGUUAAGAGUAUUCGAGUAAUUUCAACCAAGAAAUCAUCGAAGAUGUCACAGGAAAAUUCAGAUGAAGAUCAAAUCAAGCGAUUCAUACACACGCGUGGUGGAAAUCGUGCUGCCAUUGCAAGACUGGAGAAGGAAAUUUCGCAGUUGAAAGACAAAGAAUUGACUGCAGAACUUUCGGUACGCAUCAACUCGAUUGCACUUUCGGUGUCACAAAAACAGCAGUUCCUUACAGGCCUAGACGAGAAAAUUCUAGAAAAGAUACCUUUAGAGCAAAUGGACAGAGAAAUUGACGAUUCAAUGGAAUGGGAUAUCAGAAUUACCACACUUUUACAGCACAUCGAGGGGCUCAAGAAACCUAGCCUUCGUCAGCCAAGUGUCCCGAGUACACAAACAACUACAGAAACCCAGCCAAGUCCAGCCAUAGGAGCUUUGGCUAUUUCAGAAGUGGAGUCUCAGAAUCGCAGUUUCAGUUCUGUUUCUUCCACAAAUGGAGUUCGUUUACCAAAAAUAGAACUGCCAAAGGUCAAUGGAGAUAUCACACAAUUUAAUUCAUUUUGGCAAGCGUUUAACUGUGCCGUACACUCAAACGACACAAUACCAGAAGUUCACAAAUUGAACUACUUGAUGAAUUUGCUCGAGGGUCCUGCUCAUCGCGUCGUUGCGGGGCUCGAGUUAACCGAAGAAAACUACCAAAAUGCUAUCGAGACAUUGAAAACUCGAUUUGGUAAUAAGCAGAGAAUCAUAAGUGCUCACAUGCAAUCUCUUUUAAAGUUGCAAGAUUGCCCAAACGAUAAAGUCGCUCAGUUGCGUUAUAUUUAUGACAAAAUAAACGUCCAUGUCAGAGGUCUUGAAUCUCUCGGCAUGUCUCAAGAAAGUUAUGAUGGUUUGCUGAUUCCAAUUAUUAUGCAACGUAUGCCCAGCGAAAUCACCAUCCACAUCGCAAGGAAAGUCACAGAAGACAUCUGGCCUAUCAAAGAAAUUCUAGAAAUUAUUCGUUGCGAAAUUGAAGCCAGAGAAUUAGGCGAAAGCGUUCUUGCUUCAAAGCAAGUCAAUCGACAACCACAUCCAACACAAGUGUAUCGGAAACAGAUAAACAUUAACACUUUUGGUUCAGAUAAGUAUAACAAGAAAAAAUGCGAGUUAGUUUCGAUUAACAUAGAAGUAGAAAAUCAGGUUAUACCAGUCCGCGCACUUAGUUAUCCCACUAUUUGCUCGCCAUUCGCUUCUCGCGGCAUAGAAAUAAGCGAAUACCCGCAUCUUCAUACACUCAAGUUAGCAGACAGUGUAAAUUCCCAUACAAAACACGUACAGCUAUUAAUUGGUGCUGAUCAUUAUUAUGAUUUUGUUACAGGUGAUGUCAUUAAAGGUAAUUCAGGUCCUGUUGCGGUUAGCAGCAAGUUGGGGUUGCUGUUAACAGGACCUUCAAGUUCAACUUCGAACAAUGUUGAGACUAACAUUCAUUCUCAUCUUAUUCUAGAUCAAUUUUCUAUUUUUGACAAUGAAGCAAAUGUGCUUGAAAAUUCAAACAGCGAGAAUCUUGAAAUUACAGAAUCGUUGAAACAGUUCUGGAAACAAGAAUCAAUGAGAUUGCCCGAACUUGUUGAAAACACAGAAACAGAAUCGACAGAAUCAGAUGAAAAGAACGAACAGACCCCAUUCGACAUCAAAUUCAAUGGUGAAAGGUAUGAGGUAAGCCUCCCUUGGAGGGCUGAUAUUUCGCAUGAGUUAUUAUCAGAUAAUUAUGAUAAGUGUUUGAUUCGUUUGAAAGGUUUAUACAGUCGAUUAAAAAAGGACCCAAAGCUCUUUUCAGAAUAUAACUCAAUUUUUCAAGAGCAAUUAGACAAGGGUAUAAUUGAAUAUGUUCCAAAUAAACAAGGAAUUACUGAAAACAUUCAUUAUCUCUCUCACCAUGGCGUUGUGAGAAAGGAACAUGAUACGACCAAAUUGCGCAUUGUGUUCGAUGGCAGUGCUAAAUCUCAGCCAAAUCAACUCUCCUUAAAUGAUUGUCUUCAAUUGGGUGAUAAUUAUAUGCCUUCUUUGUUUGAUACGUUGUUAAGAUUUCGUGCUCAUUCUGUUGCCAUGACAUCCGACAUAGAAAAAGCGUUCUUACAAAUAGAAAUCAAACCAGCUGAUCGUGACUCGUUACGCUUUUUAUGGUUUGACGACAUUAACAAGGAGAAUCCAUCUAUCAUCCAGCUCCGUUGGGGGCGUUUAGCCUUUGGCCUCAAACCAUCGCCCUCAAUCCUCGGGGCUACCAUUAGACAACACUUUUCCUCCUUUGAAGAUGAGUACCCAAAGGUCGUCAAGGUUUUGAGCCGACUUUACGCUGACGACAUGUCUUGUAGUGUCAAGUUAACUGAGGAAGCACUAGAAAUCUAUAAGAAAUCUAAAUAAAUCCUGUUAAAAGGAGGAUUCAAUUUGCGUAAGUGGAAGACAAAUAAUAAAGAGAUAAGGUCAAUAUUUUAGAAGGUGUCUCCGCAAGUACCUCUAAAACUGUUCCCAGGGUAUCGGAGGACGACCAGUCUUUUACACAGUUUUCUGUCGGUCCGCCAAAUUCCAAAAACAACACCAAUAUUUCAAAAAUACUCGGUGUUCAGUGGAAUCAUGAUUCAGACAAGUUUCUUCUUGAUUUAAAGCAAAUUUCUGAGUUUGCAAAAUCUUUGCCACCAACAAAAAGGUCCUUGCUAAAAAUUGCCGCAAAGAUUUUUGACCCGUUGGGCUGGGUAAGUUCGUUUACCAUCAAUUUAAAGAUCUUCUUCCAGGAAUUGUGCGUUGAAAAGGUAGCCUGGGACAAGCCACUCAAAGAUAACCAUCUCAAGCAGUAUAACACCUUAAUAUCCCAGUUGAGUGUCAUUACAGCUAUUAAACUUGAACGUUGUUUCAUUAACCAAGAAGCCAGUGUUACAAAAAUUGAAAUCCACGCCUUUUCAGACGCCAGUGAGCGUGCCUAUGCCACUGUGGUUUAUUUAAGGGUUCUUUACAAUACUGGUAAGGUAAGGGUACAAUUUGUUGCUUCAAAAGCUAAGGUUUCGCCUAUUAAAAAACAAAGUAUACCGCGUCUCGAACUGCUCGGCGCAAAUUUGAUGGCGAAAUUUGUCGAAACCAUUUGUUCCGUGUUACAAGAUGAGCUAGGCCUACCCAUAGAAACAUAUUAUUGGGUCGAUUCUAUGGCCACUUUGUGCUGGAUAAAAAACGACAAACCUUGGAAACAAUUCGUAUGUCACCGUGUUUCGGACAUUUUGAAGUUUUCGGACAGGGAGAACUGGUUUUAUUGUCCAGGACCAGAGAACCCUGCCGAUUUACCAUCUCGGGGUAAGUUCAAUCCCUCGUUGUCUGCAAAUCGUUUUUGGUGGGAGGGUCCUAAAUUCUUACAAUCAGACCCAGAAAAUUGGCCCACUUUGCUACCACAAAAUGAACUUCAAAGCAAAGAAGCUUUGCAGGAAAAGGUGAAAUUUGAACCAAAAGUAACUCAUGUCAUGGUAAGUACAGGUGCAGACCCAGAUGUACAGCUGAGCAAUGUUUUUGAUAGUUCACGUUACAGUUCAAAAGGUAAAGUGUUGCGUACACUCUCUUGGGUUCUGAGAUUUAUUCAGAAUCUUAAAGCAGCGGUAAAACAAACGCAACAGAACAAGGCAGACAUGUUAGAUGUCUCAGAAAUAAGAAAUGCCGAAAUGAUUCUUAUUAGGGCAAUUCAAUCUCGUGCAUACAACAAUGAUGUUGAGUUUCUACUGUCUUCAAACAAUCCAGACACAAAACCCCCAAUGUAUAUAAAACAAUUCAAUUUGUUUCUAGAUAAAGAUCAGGUAUUGCGAUGCAGAACACGUAUAAACAAAUCUUCCGUUUUAGAUUCGGCCAAACAACCAAUUUUGCUUCCUCAAGGCAAUCACUACUCAUCUUUGCUUAUACAGGAAUGUCAUCGGAAGGUCUUCCACAAUGGGGUGCGAGAAACGUUAAAUUUACUAAGACAGCAAUAUUGGGUACCUCGGGGUGGGAAAUGACAAAAAAGGUCAUUCGUAGUUGGGUACUUUGCAAAAGGUUGGAAGCUUUUCCUUUCAGAACUAAGUUUGCACCACAGUUACCACAGGUUAGAGUAGACGAUGCUCCCCCAUUCACCAACACAGGUAUGGACUUUGCUGGUCCCUUAAUAUUGAGUGAUAAAAAUUGUUUCUCAAAAACAUUACGUAUGUUUAUUUACAUGCAUGUCAACCAGGGCCAUCCACCUGGAAUUAAUCGAAUCUUUAGAGGUUGAAUCAUUUUUGCGUGCAUUUCGCAGAUUUUGUGCACGUCGCGGCUUACCAUCUAUGCUGUAUAGUGAUAAUGCUAAAACGUUCCAAUCCGCAGCAAGGGAAGUGAAGAAAUUACUUAGAUCUCCAAGAUUACACGAAACCUUUGUUUCACAGGGAGUCAAAUGGAACUACAUAACAGAAAGGAGCCCUUGGCAAGGAGGGGUAUGGGAAAGGCUAAUCAGAAGUGUGAAAAGAUGUAUUAUAAAGGUAGUAGGGCGAGCGAGGCUAGAUUUUCAGGAAAUGGUUACAAUUUAAACGGAGGUAGAAAGUGUCAUUAACUCACGUCCCAUGACAUAUGUUUAUGAUGAUACUGAAGGUAUAUCUUACCCCCUUACACCAUCCCAUCUUAUUAACGGCAGAAAUUUGUCUCAUUUACCCCAUGACAGAUACCUGGAAGUGGUUAGUAUCUAUGAAACUCUUUCAGAAAGGGCAAAACUAAACAGAUUACUUCUAGGUCAUUUCUCAAAAAGAUGGAAGAAUGAGUACUUGCUGGGAUUAAUGGAAGCUUACAAGCCAAAAUCUCAUGUAAAAGAACCAGUAGUGUCUUUGGGAGAUGUGGUACUUCUCAAAGACGAUCAAAAUAAAAGAAUGUUCUGGAAGCUCUGCAGAAUACAGGAACUUAUACCAGGCAAAGAUGGAAGUGUAAGAUCUGCAAGAGUGCAGGUAUGCACAAAAGAGGGUAAGAUCGGUAAUCAGGUAUUGUGUCGACCAUUAAAAUUGCUUAUACCUUUAGAAUUACCUUGCCAUUCUGAUUCAUUGCAUUCUGCUCAAGAGCAAGCGCCCACGCAGCCUGCGCAAUUGCAGCGAGACACUUCAGUUAUAACCAGGUCGAAAUGCAGUGCAGGAAUUAUUGGAGAAUUUAUUCGUAGAAAUAAUUCGAGUAAGAGCUAAAUCAUAUGAAGAACAUUAUCACGUUAUUACGCUAUUGUAUGGACAUUUGUUGUAUACUUAAUAUACAUUUCCAGUUAUUACUUAUCGUAUUAUAUCUUAAUUAACUUAGUUUAGUUUGAUCACUGUAGUGAAUCAAAUCGGGGGAGUGUGUUUAGAAGUGUCGCCUUUCCUUGGGUUUGGCCUCUGUCCCAGUUCCCUCUCUUUGGGUAUCCACGUGCUGGUCACGUCUUCCGGUGGUGACGCCCGAAAAAACACGCUCGCUCAACAUCAGAAGCAACACAGUCAAGGCAAAAGAGAUAGUCGCGCCGUCAACAUGUAAUCUUUUAAAUUUAUAAUCAGUUGGCUUGUUUGUUGCUGAAUAUAUCGUAAAAAGUGAAACUACAACUACUCUAUGCUUUAUUUACCCUACUUUAUCAAUUUGCAUUUGAUCAAGCAUCCUUGUAAAAACUCAUAUGUGACCGGUUGGCAUGAUUUAAAGAGCAAAUACGGAUUAGCAAAAAGGAUGCUUUUACAAGUAUAGUGUGACCGCAGCCAAAGGCCGUUACGGUUUGGUUUAAAAAUGAAAAAAGGUUAUUAUUUGCUUACUUCAUAAAACUCAAAACAUACAAGUAUUUUCCUUGCAAAUGUUUGUAACUUUCAUUAAAAAUUGAUGACUUAUAUACAAAUUUCGUUAACAAUAAAUUUCAUAUAGUUUAUGGUCAAUCUUUGCAUUGGGAAUUUCGUGUCAAUUUUUACAGUAUUUAUUAGAUAAGAGAAUUUAUACUGUUGUAUUGUAAAACUUAAUAGUCACAUUCUUAUUCUUUUAGGAAAUACCAUUCGAAAAAAAAAAUUUUAAAAAUGAGGAAGACUGUGGCAAAAGAGUUCAAUAUAAAAGAAAUUAAGGCAAUUCUGUUCUUAAAUAAAGAGAAAAAGAAGCUCAAGGAGCUUAGACCAGGGAUGACAAUAAAGGUGAAGAUAAUAAAAUAAAGAAGUCCCAACAAGAAGCAGAGGAGGGAAUUUCUUUUUUAUAGAAAGGAAUUUCCCUCCUUUUGUAAUAAUUUCUACUCGGGAACUUUCCCGAAUAUGACAGUCAAUAAUACUAAGUAGUUUUGUUGUUUUUAAAUAUAUCCCGCUGUUUGUUUGUUUCUUUUCAUAUUUUAAAUUAUGAAAUUUCAAAAUGAAAGAAAAAAACACAAAUCUUCUAUUUAGACAUUUAUAUUGAUAGAAUGGAAAAAACUUUAAAUUGUUGUUUUCUUUCAAAUUAUAUGACCAACAUUCCUUCAUAUUCUGCAUGUUAGUUUUAUUCAAUCUUCAUAGUUGCUUAUCAGUAUAAAUUUAGGGUUUAUUUUUGGCUGUUUGAGAUGUUGAUAGAAUGGAAAAAAAACAUUACCUGCCUGUUUAUGCUCAAAAUAUAACUGAUCUGACAAAAAGUUCUUGAUUAUUUGAAUAUCAGUUCGAAUUUAAUGUUUCUAUUUAGAUGUUAUAUUUCUGUUUAGACUUUGUACGUUGAAAUUUUGAAUUGUUGUGUGUAAAUAAUUAUAGAGAAUUUUAAAACAAUCCUUUUUUGGUCUUUCUGUAACUAACUUCUUACACACAAUAUAAUUCUCUAACUGAAUUAACUAGACAAGUUUGGGUCCUGAUUAGAAUUUGAAGUUAUUUAUAAAGUCAAUAAAUUUGCAAAAAUUUUCAAUUUUAAGUUAUGCAUAUAAUGAAAUAGAAGAUUGGUCACGGUUUCCAAUACAGAGGUAGCUGUCUAAAAAGGCAUUGCCUUCCAUCUUGUGAUUUAGUUUCCAAGCUUUAUUGUCAUAACUGACAAAUACUAUAGAGUAGCUUUGGUUUCUUCUAGGGUUUAGCAAGGCUCAUUUUCAAGGGUUUUACAAUUUCUGGUACUGCAAUGUCUAUGUAGCCCAGUCCGACCCUCCAUUUUGUGUUGCAAUUUCUAGGCAUUAUUGUCAUAACUCUCAGACGAUAUAGAGUAUUUUAGGGGCCAAAGGUUCAUUUUGAAGCUUUUUGCAAGGGGAAUCUUGUGUGGUGGUUAAUCUUCAUAUUGGGCGUGGCUGUGAUGUCAUAAUGACGUCACAGUCUUCAAUUUCACUGAAUCUUUGAAAAUUAACUAAUUGAAUACAUGUUGAACAUCAAAAUGAAUAACAUCAAAUGAAAGAUCGCAUCAAAGCGAUUCGAAUGGUGGUAUUUGUUUGUUUUUUUUAAGAAUUGAUGUUUUAAUGAUGUUUUCACUUUUUUUGUAAAUCAGUGUCUAAAGGCCAGUUUCCACUUAAACGAAAGCGGUCGAAUCGAUCUAUUUCGAUCGAUAUCGAUCGAUUUCACACAUGCGCAGAUAGCAUGCCGCGGACUCCCCCUCGACCGCUAUCGACCGCUGUCGAUCGAAUUCGAUCGGUUGAAAAGUUCAAACCAGUUGAAUUUUUCUGUCGAUCGAAUUCGAUCGAUAGCGGUCGAAAGGUAUUUGAACCAAUGAGAUUAAGUAAAUUUUAGCAUGUGAUCAAGUUACUAGGAAAUCAAGAAGCGGAAAAAUCAACAAAAAUCUAUGAAUAGGAGUAGUGUAUACUAGGGUUCCACCUGUUGCAUACUAAACCUAGCGCUCCUGCGUAGGGUCCUGUAUAAGACCACGUGACAGGCUGCUCCGCAGAGGCAAAAUUGUAUAAAAGACCGUCCGUAAGGUUUUUUUUUUAGUUUUAUCGAGAUGGCUGAAAAGACGAACAACAAACUUGAGAUGGCUGAAAAGACGAACGACAAACUUGAGUAUCCUGAUUUGUAUUUUCCGACUGAAGGUCUUCAAAGGUACUGUAAGAGUAAAAGAAAUAUCUUCGAACUUUUUGACAGAAGAAUUUCUCCUUUUUUAGAUUGGAGAUUACGUUUGUUCAUAUAUAUGAGAGUUCGCGACAAUGUGGAAGUUUUGAUGCAAUGAGAUGAACAAGGAGAUACAUUGUUGCAUAAAGUUUGUGAAUAUUGGGACGAAGACAAAGAAGAUUGGGGAACUUUUGAACAUUUCUUUCAAAUUUUUAUAAGAAAUAAUGCGGAUUUAAAUGUGCAAAAUAACGCUGGAGAAACUCCUGUAAUGAUUGCCAUAAAGAAGGGGCAAAUAUUGCUAACUUCUUAUCUUUUUCGCAAUCAGGUGGAUUUGUCUAUUUGUGAUUAUGACGGAAAUAGUGUUUUGCACAAAGCUGUUAUGUCUUUACAUUUGCAUGGUUUUUAUGCUGUUGGCAAUUGGUGUUAUUUUUUGAGACGUUCUGAAAGUUCUUGCUCUAAUGUUGAUCCUCUGAAGAAAAACAACCAACAUUUAACAGCAUUACAACUUGCAGUAAAAAUGAAAGAAGAUUUGGAGAAGAAAUGUUCUCAAAAGGAAAUUGAAGUUUCUAAAGCCGACAAAGAUAACUUACAUAUUCUUAAAGAUAUGGUUAUAUAUUUAAAAAAUAAUAUUUCACAACUUUGAUUUAAUUUUUGUUGGACUGGUAUUUAAGUUAAAAUAACUUCAAUUUUUUAUUAAUUGAGUAUAAAUUUGAAGUUUUAAAAAUUGAAGGUUAGUUGAAGUUUUGUAAAAAAAAGUUGAAGUUUAAAAUUAUGGGUUCUUUUUGAGUUUUUCUGAAAAGAAGGAUGAAGACGAGUUCUCAAUACAGUAUUUUGAAGAAAAGCUUCAACAUAAGGGAGAGUUGACAGAAUUGUUAAAAUUGGUUUCUGAUAAAAAACUUUCACAAUUGGAUAAAAUUAUAUAUAUGAUAAAAGAUGAUCCAACAUGUUUAAAUGAUCGCGAUAAGUAUGGAAAUACUGUUCUACAUCGAAUAAUUCCAAACAUUGAAGAAACUGAUGUGUCUACUUGGAUGGAACAUAGAUGGUUAUUAAAACAUAUUAUAAAAAAUGGAGCCGAUAUUGAAGCGGAAAAUAUAAAUCACGAAACUCCUAUAAUGAUUGCUGUUCGUAAAAGAAAAUGCAAAGUAAUUCAAUUUUUGGUUGAAUGUGGCUGCAAUUUAAACAAGCAAAAUUAUCGAAAAGAGUCAGUUUUGCAUCUGGCAGUAUACGAUGAUUGUAUAACUGUUGUUAGUUUACUUCAUUCUUAUGGCGAUUCACUUUUGAACGAAAGUUUGAGAAAUUUCGAAAAUUUUACUGCUUUAGAUUUGUUGCAAAAAAAUGUUGAGUAUAUUGAAGAUAGAGACAAAAUGAUCACAAUUCUUACAACGCCUUCAAAUUUAUAUAAAGAAAAGUUACUUCAAUAAUAAAAAAAUGUAGUUACUAAUCUACUUAGUUAAAAUGUUCAUAUAUAGUUGGUUUUACAUAACCGUAUGAAUAAAAAUGUCUUUGAUUUUCUCAGCUUCAGUCAUGGCAGUUUUUG